AACGUUCUCAGUUCUAGCUCUGAAUAAUCUCUACCUCCCUUGCUGCUUUUCAGACAACUCAGAGUGCCUCUAUAAGAGAAGUGAGAGAAAACCUGGAUCUCAGAACAUGGGGGGCAUUGUCACUGUGGAGUCCUAUUAUGAUGAAGAGAGUCUACUAUGCUUGACAGGUGUACAGUUCUAUCAUGUGGGACAAGCAUUCCAGAAGCAUCUCAGUGCGCUGACUGUUGCUGGAAAUGCUCAAAUGACUAAAUCUUACAUUCAACAUUGUGCUGUGUUGGAUUCUUUUGCUCAAGGAGUUAGCCUAUCAGGAAUAUCAGAUUUCAGGAUUGAAAAUAACACUUUUUGCAAUAUUAUGGGCCAUGGAAUUAAAAUAGGAGAGCGGCGAGGUCAAAAUAAUAAAAUACGUCAUAAUACAAUUAUUGGGCUAGUGGGCACUGAUGGCCUUUCCAAUACUGAAAUUCUAUCACCAGCUGGAAUAUAUAUCCAGGCUCCUGAUAAUUUGAUAGAGAGUAACACAGUGUGUGGUACUGGACAUGGUUACUUUUUUCACCUUCCCCGUUCAAGAUUAGGAGAACCAGUGAUGUCCUUCAGUAAUAAUGUAGCAUAUUCCUGCUCUAGGUAUGGACUCCUAAUACAUCCAGCAUAUCACCCUCAAAGGGGAAGCAAUACAGAACCUGUUAUAUUCCAAAAGUUUAGUGCCUGGAAGUGCAAAGGUGGAGUUAAGAUUGUUAGCACCAGCAACCUUCAGCUUUGGAACUUCCACAUCGCUUCCUGCAAAGAUUUUGGAAUCAACAUUGUGGAAAGUCUUGGAAACACUUCUGUUGCCCACAGUGUACUAAUUGGCCACUUCCAUAAAAAGCAGGAUGGAAGCUGUAUGUUGACAGGGCUGAAAACUCCUCAAAAGCGUGAACUGUUGAUAUCACAUACAACCUUUAUGAACUUUGACAGUCACAACUGCACUGCAAUUACUACCUGUUCUGGCUGUUACCAAGGUCAGGGUGGCUUUACUGUAAGAACAGAACAAGUGCUCUUCCUCAAUGCCCCAAACUGGAUAUCAUUUCCAUUCCCUCAUUGUGCCAUCCUCAAAGAUCUGGAUGGCUCCGUCACAGGACAACAGGGGAGUCAGCUUCUUCCUUCUUUGGAUAUACUUCCAGAUUCCUGUAGGACAAUUGCCAAUGCUAGUCAAGCUAUCAAUGCCAGUUGUUGUUUUGAAAAUGUUACUUUUCAUCGUAUGUCUAUUGGCCUAAAGUCCCCAAUCUUUCCUUCUAAUUUAACAGUAACUGAUAGUUGCAAUAAAGUGACCACUGUCAAUUAUGUGUCUGACACUUUAUCAAAUGCCAAUGGCUGGAUGAUUCUUCUUUUGGAUCAGCAAAUUUACACUUUGUCAUUCAGCAGUCCUCUGCUUCAAGGAAAUCUGCAGUAUAUAGCUACAUUUGAUAACUUCACUGCUGGCAAUUACUUAUUGUUGGAGCAUGAAGGAUUGCCCUCCCACGUUCAAGUUACAGUGCUCUGUGGAAAAAGGCAAGGGUCACUACUCCAGGCCUUUCCUUCCCAUAGAUAUCACAACGGUUGCGACUGGUUUUUCAACCAGAACACGAAAAAGUUAACUUAUUUAGUUACAGGAAAGGGCCUAAUCCAGGUGACAAUCAAAAUCGAAGACACAUUCCCUUUCCCAGAGGCAGAUCCAGUUCCCUCUUUUUCUCCUCCUAUUUUCAGAUGGUCCCUUGCUGAAUCUUGGAAUGAUGUGACAAAAGGCUGGGGUGGCUACAAUAAAACUAUACCAUCAGCUGAUGACGAUGUUAUCAUUUUACCAAACAGAACCAUCUUGGUAGAUAUGAAUCUUCCGCCCCUACGAGGUCUUUAUAUCCAAGGCACCCUGGAAUUCUCAUUAAAUACCAGCCAUGUUUUGAGUGCAGCCUGCAUUGUGAUUGCUGCUGGUGGUGUCCUGAAAGUGGGUACACCGGAGCAUCCAUUAGAAGAAAGGACAAAGGUACACAUUCUCCUUCGGGCGUCUGAGAGAGUAAAUUGUGAUCGAUUAAAAGGGUUGAACAUUGGUCCUGGAACCAUUGGUGUUUUUGGGAAGCUGCAGAUGCACAGUGCUUACACCAGAAAGUCAUGGACACAUCUUGGAAAUGAUGCUGCACCUGGGAAUGAAAGGAUUAUGGUGCGAGAUCAUUUGGACUGGCAUCAGGGUGACAGUAUUGUUGUCAGUUCCUCCUCUUAUGAACCCCAUCAAGCUGAAAUAAUCACUUUGGAAAGAGUUAACAAUCAUAGCAUUAGGAUCCAUGAGCGUCUUCUCCACAGACAUAUUGGGCAUUCCCAUCGUUUAGAAGAUGGUCGAUGGAUUCUCCUGGCUGCAGAAGUUGGGCUUCUGACAAGAAACAUUCAGAUUAAGUCUGACAUGGAUUGCACUGGAGGGCUUCUGGUGAGACCUUGGAGCUGUGCAAACCAAGAUGCAGGUGUGCUUCAACUUUCAAACGUUGAAAUUUUUAACUUUGGAUCUUCACAAUCUCCAUCAGUUGACAUCACAAAUUCAUCCCUCGAAUCUUUCAUAAUUUCCUCCAGUAUUCACCACAGCUGCGGAGUUGGUAUUCAAGCCACUGCAAGUAGUGGACUCUUUCUACGUGACAAUGUGAUAUUCAAUACCAUUGGGCACGGUAUACACUUAGAAGGCCAAAAUCAUACACUCAUCAGAAAUCUGGUUGUCUUAAGCAAACAGCCAUGGACAUCAAGGUUCUGGGUGGCUGGCAUUAAAACAAAUGCAGUAGAUGGUGUUUUACUACAUAAUAAUAGCGUGGCUGGUUCAGAACGGAUAGCUUUUCAUAUCAAAGGUCAAGCAUGUUUCUUAGCAGAGGAUCUUUGCAGUGACAAUGUAGCUCACUCAAGUCUUCAUGGGGUUCAUUUAUACAAAGGAGAUGGCUCUCCAAACUGCACCAGAAUCACAGGUUUUUUGUCUUACAAGAACUAUGACUAUGGGAUAAUGUUUCAUCUUGGAGGAAGUAUAGUAGUUGAGAAGGUGAUACUGGUAGACAACGUUGUGGGACUCUUGCCAGUACUUUAUGGACCACCUGCUAAGCUGCAGUGCCACCAGGAAAAACAGCACUUGAAUCUAAGAAACUCUGUCUUUGUGGCUACUAGCACUUCCUUUGAUUGCAUCAAGGACAGAAUCCAACCUCUUUCAGCUGAUUUGACAAUUGCAGAUCGAGCUCCGCGUAAUCCCUGGAGGGGUCGAGUUGGCAUGUUAUGGCCAUCUUUUACCUCUGAUUGUAAUUGGUGGCCUGAUACUCCAUGGCAUAAAAUAAGAAGCUAUUCAGUAGUUCCAGGAAUCAUAACUCUACAAGAUAUAACCUUUGAUGGCUUUAGGAAGAGCUGCUAUACUGAUGACCAAGACAUCUGCAUCAUGACAAAUCCAGGCCAUGGAGGCAUCUUGCAUCUAAUCACAUCAGAACAGACCAGAAUGCUCCAUAUCAGUGAACAAAACAUGUUCUAUUUUCAUCCACUGCGAACUAGAGAAAAUGAAUCAAUACCUGACUCCUGUGGUGAUGUGAUAUGUGGGAGCUCAAGGAAGGCUCUUUUCAAAGAUCUGGAUGGAAGUGCCCUAGGAUUGGAUUCACCUGUAUCAGUUUUCCCAAAAUCAUUGCUGGAUUGGGAACAGCCAUGUCAGGAUGCUGGCAUCUACAGGGAAGAAAGAAAAUGCAUUCUCGAACCUUUAUCCAAUAUUUAUUUCUGUCACGAAACUGACUAUGGAAUGGUGAUUUUGGAAAGUAUGGAUACAGAUUUAGAUCAUAGGAACUUCUCUCCACCUUUAUUGGUAACUAGUACUUUUGUGGACACCUUCAGUGAAGCCACAUCACUGGGAACUUGCUGUUCCAAAGAACUUUCUUUGGUUUUUUACUCUAUACUGCCAUCAAACAGGCUUUCAAAGAUUUGCUUUGCUGGACCAGUUCCUUGGUCAUUAAGACUCUACUUUAAUGGCGGUCACGGUAAUGUCAGCUUACUUUUAGCUAUCUUCUAUGAUGAACCAAGAAGCUUUCAUGUUUUUGUGAAAGAGAACUCUAUUCAACCAGUCUUGUUUUUUUCCAGACUUUUUUGGGAAAAUGCCACAACAGGAACCUUUUACUUCAGUUUUCAGGAGAACCUUCUGUAUGUUUCUGUUCCCUGGGAUGAACCUGUAGAAAUACAUACAAACAGUGCUCUUCAUACUGCUUUCACCAUAGCAGAGAACACUGGAGAAAAAGCUCAGGCAAUGCUUCUUCAACAGUUGGCUAAUUUUUUACAAAUUGGGCAGGAUGAAAUUAGGACAGUCUCCAACACUUCAGGAAAUGAGGACACAUUAAGGAUUAUUGCAGACAAUAGCACGAAGAGGAAAUAUCAGUGCCCUCCGAAGAGUUCAUGCGUAUUCACCAGUGAACAGAAAACCCAGGGGAGUUUGCAUCCAUCCCAUGUAAUACUUGGCUUGAGAGUGCUGAUCCUCGAAAUCAGUGAUCCAUUACACUUCUUAAAAUAUAAGCUUGCUUCUUCAUUUCCAAGUGUCAGAUUAAAGAGUUUGGCCAGUAGGCUUAUUGAUGCCCAACAAACUGGGACACUUCAGCAUGUUCUCAGAUUGCCAGUUGAUACUCUAGUGGUGAUGGUUUCCUCCACUUCAGUUACAGCAAAAGAAAAUUCUAGAAAUGGAAGUAGCCCAACUUCAGAGAGUUGCCUCUAUGUCCGUCCUUACAGCAUCUCUGUCUGGAUUCAACCCUCUAAUGGAGUCGUGGAAAGACCACUGCUGAGGCAACCAAAAAUUAUUUUUCUGGACAAACAGGGGCGGAGAAUUGUGUCUUUAGGUUUCCCCUCGAAACCAUGGCUUGUGACAGCUUAUCUCAAAAACAAUCCAGAAAUUUUGUUGAAAGGUAACACAAGAGUAGAGGUCCAAGAUGGACAGGCUAGCUUUCAGAAUUUGAUUGUAUCCAGCUCUUGCUCAGACUGCCGCCUCAUUUUCAAAGUUACUUCUCCUCCAGGUGCUGUCUUAUCUGUUGAAUCAGAUUCUUUUACUGUUUCCCCCAUUGCCGUGUCAGAAAAAUCCGCCAUCAUCUUUACUGCUCUCCUGUGUUCAAUAGCCUCCAUGCUUGUUUUGGGAUUUGUGGUUAUUUGUUGGCUUAAGAAAAGCAAGAACAACAAAAGCAUGCUCAAACAAACUCUGAAGAAUAAAAAAUGUCAAACACAGGAAAAUCAAGCAAAUUUUAGUAUCCAUCAGUACUGCGUUGGGAAAGAAAAUGAACAUUCCACUUCUGUGAGAGAAGAUCUAAAACUGUGUGGAGAACUUACACAUAUUGAAGAGCCAUUAAAGAAGUCACAUCAAGAAACAUUGAACAGCGUAUCAGCAGGAGCAGCAAAUGAAAUCAAACAAGGUCAUUGUCUCAAUAAAAGGAAAUCAACCAGGGAUUCUCUGGAGCUUCAGGAACUUGGCAUCAAGGAGUUUAAUGAAUGGAAAAAGACCAAACAGCAUAUCUUUGACUAUGUUCAGUACAAAGAAACGAAAGGAGAACAAUUCGUAGAUCAAAAGUAUAAAAGACACACAGAGAUGCCUAUGACAAGGUCCGAAGAAAAUAUGAGGGGAAAACAGGAAGUUACAGUAUCAUAAUAUCCAAAUGUUCCUGAGGAUUUGGCUGCUUUUGGAAUUUCUCAUUGUUAAUGCAAUUAUAUAUUUUGAGACAUAGAAAGUGGAGACAACUUGCUUAAUUUUUAGAGUAAAAUUAAUGAAGGCCAAUAAACCAUGAACAAGCAAUAUUCCUAUGAAUUGCUUCUAGCACAAGUCACUGAAGAUGGCUGCAGUACUGAUUUUGCUAUCUCGUGAUCAUUGUCAUUCUUCUUAUUGGUUCUUGCCAUAUUGCUAUGCAGAUAGGAGAUGUAAAGUGGUAAACAAACUACUGUUUUUGUUUACUUGCUUACCUGCCUAUUUAGU